AUGAGAAAGCAGAAGAACAGAAAACAAGGAGGAAUAUCUUCGAUGAGUCAGAAUGACCAUAAAAUUCAAAGUGCAAAAUUUGAAACGAAUCAGAAAAAUCUGCCUAGCUCAGACAUAUGCAAACUAGAUUCUCCGAUUCUAUAUCCCAAUCAAGCUUCAAUCUUAACCUCACAGGGAACAUCGCCUCUCUUCCUUGAAGCAAUCCGAAAUAACUAUGUACUUGAGCCAGACGGGUCUCAGUUUGCAAUUUUUGAUCAUCGACCUAAAAUAGCCUCUGAUAAUGCUUCACCUAGAGUUGACUUCAGGCCAUUCUUCGAUAGCAGAAUAAGUCGACCUACGGACAUAUAA